AACGUGGACGCCCUGCGGGGCUUUGUGUUGGCCCCCUUGUUCGUCUACCUGUUCAUUGGCACCUCUUUCCUACUGGCUGGCUUUGUGUCCCUCUUCAGGAUCCGGACCAUCAUGAAGCACGAUGGCACCAAGACAGAAAAGCUGGAGAAGCUCAUGGUGAGGAUAGGCAUCUUCAGCGUCCUCUACACGGUGCCGGCCACCAUCGUCAUUGCCUGCUAUUUUUACGAGCAAGCUUUUAGGGAACAGUGGGAGAGGAGCUGGGUCACGCAGAGCUGUAAGAGCUAUGCCAUUCCGUGCCCCAACAACCACAGCAGCCACCACCCGCCCAUGAGCCCUGACUUCACUGUCUUCAUGAUCAAGUAUCUCAUGACCUUAAUCGUGGGCAUCACCUCGGGCUUCUGGAUCUGGUCCGGGAAAACCCUGAACUCCUGGAGGAAGUUUUACACCAGGCUCACCAACAGCAAGCAGGGCGAGACCACCGUCUGA